UUUAUAUAGGAAUAAACGCAGAAGAGGGGGAGGGGAAGCUUUAUUUAUAGAAAUGACAAUAGGGAGGGAAGGAGGCCCCCCAGAAGCAAGGUUCAAGUCUCCUGCUUUCUUCCUUAAGAGAAAGGAAAAAAAGAAAGAAAAAAGAAUGAAAAGAAAAGAAAGAACAGAAAAAGGAAGAAGAAAAAAAAGAGAGAGAAUUGGAGGCAGCUUCUCCUCCUUUUCAGCUUUGGUGAAGAUGGAUCCACGUUUCAUCUUUAAUCACGCCAGGCCCAGGCCCAUCUGUCUUGUUUACUCUGCCGAGGAGAGGAUGGGCCUCGGUGGCGACCAUUACCUCGACACCCAGCUAACAAAUGAGGCCCGGCCUCUGCUGCUGCCGCUGCUGGAAGACAGCCUGGAUUUUCUUUCUUUGUCCCCCACUCCUGACACCCAGCGAAAGCACCCUCUGACUGCCAGAUAGUGCAGUGUUUUGGCCACGCAAAUCUCCGCAGACCGGCUGUUGGGGGAAAAAAGUGUUAGCCGUCUCUCCCGGAUCUGCGAGGGGGAAAAAAUUUGGAACCAUAAAGUUGAAAACUUUUUUCUCUCAGUUUGGAAGAAGCCGUUCGUCAUGAAUGUGAUCUGCGGAGCUCAGGCGAGAGGAGGCGAGAGGCAAAAAGGAGGGGAGAUUUCUCGCCGGCCGCUCGUGCUGGGGCUCGAUGUGAAUAUAUAUUAUGUCUGCCUGUUCUCCCCUCGUCGGUGGCUAAGGUAAGCUGGACUGAAAUAGGCUAUCAGUUUGUGAAUGGCGGAGAGUAUGUCUCAAUGAUUUAUGGCCCAUAUGACUCCAAUCUCGGUUCAAGAAGAGUUCACAAGCUUUAAGCUUCCUUCCACGCAGCGACUCUCUCUCUCCCCCUCUCUCUCCCUCCCUCCCUCCCUCACUCCCUCACUCUCUCUCCCUCUCUCCCUCUCUCUUCUUGCUUCUCUCCUUUUCUUCUCUUUCUUUCAGCAGCCAGAUCCAAGGCUAAAUUCCCCCCCCCGCCCCCGCUGCUAAGAAGAGACCAACCUUUUUCUCUCUUCCUUUCUUGUUCUUUUAUUUUUUUUCCUUCCAUUAAUUUAAGUCCUGGAAGGUGACUUAUCUCCUCUCCCAGGGCAUCCUCUGCUAUUGUUACCCUCCCUUUACUUUCCCAGGGGUAUGCCUGGAAACGUGGAGUUCUUAGGGGGACUCACCUCCCUUGUCCAGCGAGACCCUUGGGGGAAGUCGGGAGCCACCGGCUCCCUCCCUCCCUCCCUCCGGAGGAGCCAUAUGGAGCUUGAAUUUUUCCAACAUGGAGGCAAGGGAAAUAGAUAUGUUUGGCUUGGUAGAUCUGUUCCCCACCCCCUCUUGUUCUGGAUCCCAGAUCUCCGAUCCCCGUGGCACCUUUCCCUCUUCCCACUGUCCCGUACGUAAGCCAGGCCUCCGCGCGCUCCAGCCCGGAGCUCUGCUAAGUCAAGUCCGGAAGCCGAGUUGCUACGGCGCUUUUUAAUUCGGUUACCUCCAGCGCCCAAACUUGCUGCUGCCUGCAGGGCUCGGCCCUCGGUCGGCCGGUGUGCUUGGAACCUGCCGCUGAUAACUGUUUUGGUGUCCUAAUCGCUUUUUCUUUGCUUCCUUGGGCCAGCAUAGUCGGCUGGUUGCAUCGCCAGCCAGCAGUGGCUGAGACAGUCUGGCGGCGGGCGGCAGUCGGGGCUACCGGGGUGCGCAAACCUUGCCGGCCCUGUCUCACCGCCAGUGGAGUCUCCAUUCUUUCCUAUUGCGUCUCUGGCUUCUUUGCUUCCUACAGUCGCCUGGUCUCGGUGCUGCGAUGGUUUGGGGUUUAUUGCAGGGGGAGCGACAGGAAUUUGGGCCUCAGGCGUCCAGUCAAAUUAUUGUUUUAUUAUUAUUACUAUCAUCACCAUCAUCAUCACCAUUAUUAUUGCUGUAACAAUCAUUUAGACUAAAUAAAGCCAGGGUCCAUCCAGCCAACCCCGCCAACGUUUUUAUUUCAUUCUCUUCUCUAUUAAUAACAAACUCAACCGAUGCCGUUAAUUAAUUCCCCCUUCAGCAAGGGCUGCUUCCAAGCUAAUUUUGGUUAAAUCAUCAGAGGCUAAUGGUAAUAAUAAUAAAGGGACUGGGUCAGCCUGGUCAAUUGAACUCUGGUUCUCCCUGAAAGGACCUGCUGCUUUGCAGACCCAUGUGUAUUUCUACAAACCAAUUGGAACUCAGGGCUACUCCUGCUCCCUUUUGAGUAUAAAUCUGUGCCGUUAAGAAGGGGAUUUAUGUGUGGGAGGGACUUCCUUCACCUGCAGUCCUUUUAUUUUCCUAUUUUUAUUUUCUUUGGAGUUGAGCAGCUGGGCUGAAUGAGAUUCUGAGUUUUCCAAGCACAUGUCAGGAGAGAGGGUCAGUGUAGAGGUUUUAUGAAAAGUGGUGAAGGGUUAGGAAAGAGGGAAAAAAUGCAGUCAGAAGUUUUAGGACAAACAAAAAUCUUAUGAUAGCUUGAUUCUUUAUUUUUCUGGCACACUUUUAAAAGGCUGUAUUAAAAUAGCGAUUGCAUUUUUUUUUUUUUUGCCUUGUGGAACCUCAGUCAACAAGGUUUCCAACCCAGAAAAUAAUAUUGUUCAAAUUGCUUUGUUGAUUUUUUUCCUCAGGAAUAAUUUUCUCUUUUAGAAGGCACUUCUCCUAUUUUUGGUAGAAAAGUCCAGCAGUUAUGCAAUUUCUUUUUUCUUCUUCUCUUUUGGGGAAAAAAAAAAACAGACUGCCAAGGAAAGGGCAAUGAGGAGAAAAGAGAGAUGAGGAGAGAGACCUAGGCCAAAUGGUCACAGCACCAACUGGCCUGGAAAAUAGAAACAAUCCUGCUCCAUUUGAGGCCCCCAUGGGGCUGCUGGCUGCCAGGUCCCAGACUGGAGGUGUUGGUACCUGCAGCAGGGCCAUGGAUGGUUGAAGCUGAGUUUAGCUGGCUCUGGAGGUUAAAAAUCUUCCAGAAGUUUCUAGGUCAGGCUGUUGUUGUCCUUUGUGGGAGGGCCUAGGGGAAGAUACCUCACAAGAGAAGAUUCCCUGCUGAACUUGUUUCUCCCUGCUGUUUUUUUCUGAGAUCCUCUGGUUUUUCUCCAGGCUAGACUUUGCUUGGAUGAGAGACCUAAACAGACAUGGAGGGAAGCAAAGGCAGGAGUCAGAGAAGCUGCUGAGCUCACAACAGGGUGUUGAGGAUUUUGGUGUCUCCUACUGCUCCCUCCCUUGAGCCACUCUAUCCCCGAGUUGGGGGGAAAGGAGGUAGGAAGGGUAGGAGAGGCCAGAGCCUAGUGCACAGACCGGAGAGAAGCAACGGCCCUUGCUUGCAGUAGUAGAAUUCUAUACCUAGGCAGUCCCCAAAGGAGUAGAGUCCUUCUUUUUUAAGUAGAAAUGAAAACUGGUGGGCUUUUCCCCUUGAAAAUUAAAUUUUUGAAAUAAGAAAAAUCCACUUCAGGUCAGGGACCUGGCCUCAGCAUCUGCUCUGGAGAUGUAGGGGAGGGGAGAAGAAAAAAGCCUAUUGAUGUCAGUUCCCUUUUCAGUUCCUAAGAUGGAUUCGAGCGGAGCCCCAGUCCUCUUCUCCCCCUUGUGUCUCUUCUCUCGCCCCACAGGUCAGCCGCUUGGAACAAACCCGGGAGGAGGGGGGCAGAGAGGGGAAGGGGAGGGGGUCCGGCUUGUCAUGUGACCCUCAGGGGUGCCAAUGUCCGAUCCUGAGGGUAUCAGGCCCUUGCAAGUUGUCACCCACUGCCCGGGCCUCACCCAGCGAUGCAGAAAGCCACCUACUACGACAACGCCACGGCUGCGCUCUUCGGAGGCUACUCCUCGUACCCUGGCAGCAAUGGCUUCGGCUACGACGGCCCCCCUCAACCCCCCUUUCAGGCUGCCACGCACCUGGAGGGUGACUAUCAACGCUCAGCUUGCUCGCUGCAGUCCCUGGGCAACGCUGCCCCUCAUGCCAAGAGCAAGGAGCUCAACGGCAGCUGCAUGAGGCCCAGGGCCUCGGAGCCCCUGCCCGCCCCGCCCGGCUCACCCCCGCCCAGCGCCGCACCUACCAGUACCACUAGCAACAGCAGUAAUGGGGUCGGGCCCAGCAAAAGCGGUCCCCCCAAGUGCGGUCCCGGCUCCAACUCCACCCUCACCAAACAGAUAUUCCCUUGGAUGAAAGAGUCGAGGCAAACGUCCAAGCUGAAAAACAGCUCCCCCGGCACAGAGGGCUGCGGCGGCAGCGCUGGCGGAGGAGGCAGUGGGGGCGGCGGCGGCAGCAGCGGGGGAGGGGACAAGAGCCCCCCGGGGUCGGCGGCGUCCAAGCGGGCGCGGACGGCGUACACAAGCGCGCAGCUGGUGGAGCUGGAGAAGGAGUUCCAUUUCAACCGCUACCUGUGCCGGCCUCGCCGCGUGGAGAUGGCCAACCUGCUGAACCUCAGCGAGCGGCAAAUCAAGAUCUGGUUCCAGAACCGGCGCAUGAAGUACAAAAAGGACCAGAAGGCCAAGGGGCUGGCCUCGUCGUCGGGGGGGCCCUCUCCAGCCGGCAGUCCCCCGCAACCCAUGCAGUCCACUGCCGGCUUCAUGAACGCCUUACAUUCCAUGACACCCAGCUACGAGAGCCCGUCCCCGCCUGCCUUCGGCAAAGCCCACCAGAAUGCCUACGCGCUGCCCUCCAACUAUCAGCCCCCUCUCAAAGGCUGCGGCGCCCCCCAGAAAUACCCUCCGACCCCGGCGCCGGAUUAUGAGCCCCACGUCCUCCAGGCCAACGGGGGCGCCUACGGGACGCCCACUAUGCAGGGCAGCCCGGUGUACGUGGGCGGUGGAGGCUACGCGGAUCCGCUGCCGCCCCCUGCCGGCCCCUCCCUCUAUGGCCUCAACCACCUUUCCCAUCACCCUUCGGGGAACCUGGACUACAAUGGGGCGCCCCCUAUGGCCGCCAGCCAGCACCACGGACCCUGCGACCCCCACCCCACCUACACAGACCUCUCCUCUCACCACGCGCCUCCACCUCAGGGUAGAAUCCAAGAAGCGCCCAAAUUAACUCACCUGUGAUGAGAAAGGGAGGGCGGACGGGCCAGGUCAAAGGCGAAGGGUAGAGGUGAGGAGGACUGCAGAGCUCUGGGAGGGCAGCCUGGAGUUCUGGUAUCAGAUAGGCCAGGGAGCUGGUAGCCAGGCUUGCUGGAUAGUUCGGGCCUGGGGCUCCUUCCCCUCCCCCUGGCCUGAGAGGUUGCUUUUAAAUCCUCUAUCCUUAGUUCCAUCUGCCUGCCAACACAUGAGAAAGGAAUCCACAGCAGAUUGGAGAUGACUCCAUCAACCCCAGGGCUCUAGCACUAGCAGCUGGAAUUCCACGCAGGGCAGUGGGGUAGAGGAAAACGAAUUAGAAAAACAAGGCAGAGAAGCACAUUUAAAAAAACAGACAAGAUGGCUAGGCCAUCACUAACCAACUUACUUUCCAUCUCUGCAGGUAAUUCUCCCAAAUUUUAAUUUUUUACUCUUUUAAUUCUCCUUUUAAAAAAUAAGAAAACACAUUUCAAACCUAAGGGCACAAAGCACGUUCCCCUCUCACUUUCCUGAAACCUUAAAUUUCCUCCCAUCUAUGGGAAGUUUAUUGGAGCCCCUUCUCUAUUUCUAACCCCAUGUUUUUCCUGCUCUAGGACAUUAAUGUCUAUACCCCACUCCCAUCAAUUACAGUUGUUAGAGGGCUCAGGGAUGGUGAGAGAUCCUGAAAGAGCUGCCUAUAUCAUAAAUAUAUAUAUAUUUUUCUUUUAAGAAAAAGUUAGGAGGCCAGAGCAGGCAAGCUGUCAGGACUGAAGGUUUGCCCAUUCUGCUGCCUCUGUUUCAGCUCCAGAUCCAUCCCCCUCUCUCCACAGAAAGCAGUCAGAGACAUAAGGUUCUACACUUUUCUUCUGUUGCUCUCUUGACCUAACGUGAAAACAGGGUAUAUUUGAACAAACUGUCUGUCCCAGGCAGGAGCUGCAGCUGGGCUUGUGUGCCUUGCUCAACCUCCUGACAGGACACUUUUGUUGCACUUAGAGUUUACAUUUUAAUGGAUAUAAAAACAACUGUGAGAGAUGCCUGGGCCUGCAGAAGUCCAGCAUUGCUCAAAAAGCGUGUGUUCUAGUGAACAUUUUCAUAUAUAUUUAUUGGUUAUAGCCUGUUAAAAUAUUUUUUUUGUAUUAUUUAUCCCCCCUACAUUAUGUAUUUAUAUGAGGGAAAAAGGAAAAAAUUGUACUUUUUUAGUAUUUACUUGUUACAAAGGACGUUGUGUUUCCUGUCAUGUAAAACCAGCCAUUUUAGUUAUUGUACUCUAGAAAAGAGCUGUAGAUUUAUGUUAAACUCGUACUUAUGAGCAAUUGUAAUUAGUUCUAAAAGGCAUGAACCUCAGCUCCUAAUCGUCACUGUAUAGUCCUGAAUUUGUAGAAUUAGAGUUAAUUCCCUGUUGGAACUUUCUUUGUUCUUCCGUAGUUACUUUUUUCUUUACCUAAAAGAGUUGUCUGUCAAACAAUUCUUAAAUAAAAUUUUCUGUUAUCAAUUUUA